UAAAACACAUCUUUGUCCUGGUGACCAAUAGGAUAGCUCAACCAGAAUCCGCUCAUUUACAUAACCUCGUCCCCCUCGCAAGAGAGCCGCUGAAAACUCGCGAAUCGCAGCGCGGCGUAAUCCGAACCUUAAUUUGCGUACAGCCUCUAUAAGUACCGAGUCGCUUCCGGUAACCUCGGUGCCGCUGCUGUGUGUGUGUUCGUGGUGGUCUCUGCAGCUCGUGCUUGCCGUUAUGCCUGAGCCGGCAAAAUCCGCCCCGGCGUCCAAGAAGGGCUCGAAGAAAGCUGUCACCAAAGCCCAGAAGAAGGACGGCAGGAAGCGCAAGCGCAGCCGCAAGGAGAGCUAUUCCAUCUAUGUGUACAAGGUACUGAAGCAAGUGCACCCGGACACCGGCAUCUCGUCCAAGGCCAUGGGCAUCAUGAACUCGUUCGUCAACGACAUCUUCGAGCGCAUCGCGGGCGAAGCGUCGCGCCUGGCGCAUUACAACAAGCGCUCGACCAUCACCUCCCGGGAGAUCCAGACGGCCGUGCGCCUGCUGCUGCCCGGCGAGCUGGCCAAGCACGCCGUGUCCGAGGGCACCAAGGCGGUCACCAAGUACACCAGCUCCAAGUGAGUGCCUGCCGGGAUGCGGCACGCGCACGAGUUGCCGGGCCGCUUGACUUUCCAAAGGCUCUUUUCAGAGCCACCCACCUUCUCAGUGGAAGAAGCUGUUAUCCAAUUUAUUUUCAUUUUGUUAUGGUUCUUUUCUGUGCCACUUACUCUUUCCGUAGUGUAAAUUUACCAUUUUCCUUAGGAUGAAGGGAAAAACCCAAGAUAGGACCAGAUUUUGUCUAUCGAUCAAGAACUAGCUAGAGUAAUUGUUCAUUCUCAUGCAAGUAACUUGCCUUUUCCAGUAAAACGGUUAGCGAUGGGUGAUGAUCAGUGUAAAUCUACUCAGGAGGAUGGGGUAAAAAGUUAAACAGUGGUUGCUCUGCAGCAAUUAGAUUGUAAAUUCAUUUUUCUUGAGCUCUGAAAACCAAAUGUAACACCGUUUAAAAAAAAAACGCAAUACUUUGAGACCACGCCCCAGCACGUAUAGAAAAUCUAUACGUCGACUAAAAAAAAAUCUGCGUUAAGAAUCAAAUUUUAUUCGGUGACUUGCUGAGGACUAAGCCCGAGACAGCCUUUCAGAUAGCUCUGAGGGACUAUUCCAAGGCGGUAUGGGAGGAACCAGAAUAUAUACCAGUUUUGCAAAACCAAACCAGGUAGUUGAACGUCAAAAGAAUUCUAAUUAAUGAAAAUUUAAAAAAACGAUCUCAAGUUAAUGAAUUUAGCACUUCUCUAUGGGAAGGUGAAAGAGUGGGCUGAUUGAAAUCAUUCAUUCGAUAUGCACCUUAACUGUCUAGGUGCAGUAUCCUGUUUUUCUCCAUCCCGAAUCCCCUCAGGGUGCACAGUUGGGGUAGCUGCAGCGGCUGAUGGCUUGAUGGCCACAACAUCCUUUGAUUACUGAUAUGGCAGGUGACAUUUUUCAUCCACAUUUCAUCUAGACAAUUUUUAGUCUAGACACACGUCGUGUCUCACUUUGCUAUUCCUUUCGGUUAAUAUUUGAACAGAGGCCUGAAGAAGAAAGUGAGCCAUAGGAUAUCUUGGAGAAGAGUAUUCUAAGAACAAAAACAGCAAGUGCAAAGGCCCUGAGGCAGGCACAAGUUUGAGGAGUUCAAGGAAUAAGCAAGACCACUGUGGUUAAAGCACAGUGAGCAAAGGAAAGAUCUGCAGGGAGAUGUGAUCAGAAAGGUAGUUGAGAGUCAUUAUGUAUGCCAUUGAAGGGCCUCUAGGCCAUUGCAAAGAUUUUGUCUUUAAUUCUAAGUAGGUUAGAGUGCCUUUGGAGAGUUUGAUAAGAGUACUGACAUUAUUCGACUUACGCUAAAGCUCACCCAGGAUGCUAUGUUGAAAAAUAGACUAUAGAUGAGCAAGAGUAGAGGCAGGGAGAAUAUCAAAAGGGCUACAGUAAUAGCUCAGGAGAGAGAUGGGUGGUAGCCGUGGAGAUGAUGAAAAGUAGUCAAGAUAUAUUUUAAAUGAAACUGAUGAAUUGUAAAUAGGUUAUGACAGAAAGAGAGGAAUCAAGGAUUAACUGCAGGUUCUUGGACUGAGCACUUGGAAAGAGCUGCAAUUUACUGAUACGAGAGGCAAGUAGGUUUGGAGGAGGAAAGCCUAGAGUAAUGUCUUGGACAAAAUUUUGAGACUACUGGUAGCUAUCCAGGUGGAAAUAUCAAAUAGGAAAUACCAAAUUCCCAAGUUGGGAAUAUGAAAUAUGAGAACUGGAGUUCAAGGAAGAGAAAGGACAAAGGGGUAGAUUCUAAAACCCCGAUUCUUGCUCGUUUAUAGGUGAUCUAUCGUUUUUUCUCUGGACGCUUUUAGAAUCGCUAUAACAUGUCUAGAUAUGGUUUUUUCCAUAUCUAGCUUUGGUCUCAGUGUUUCACUAAAAUCCCCCAUCCAACUUCAGUUUCAACCUCCAACCUUAGAAGGCAGAAUAAUGAAAUGUCUAAAUCAAUGUUAAUUGGGCAUCCCUUGGCUAUUGCAACCACAUAAAUCACUGUUAUCUCUAAUAAGUGUAGCAAAAUAUGAACAAAGGAUAUCAUUAAGAGUUCUAGUUAAUAUAUAGAUGAUCACUCUCAAACAUACAUAAGACUUUUAAAUAUAAUGUAGUAAAAAAAUCUUAUAUGUUCAUAUGUUGAAAUUUUAUCAGUUAACAUUAUACUGUAAAAAUAAAAUGGAAUA